CGUGAACGGUUGCGCCGCGCCUUCGGUGCCUGCCUGCCUGCACGAGGAGAGAGAGAGAGAGGGAACGAGAGGUUGCACGGCGGACUCGGAGUGGGGAGGGGUAAUUAGCGGAGGAUGAUGGGGUUCAGGAAGCAGAUGUCGUGGUCUUCAUCGACGGCGGGGGCGGCGGCGGGGGCGCAGGCCGAUCAGCCGAUGUGCGACGCGGCGGCGGCCGUGGUGGCCGCGCGGCAGGGGAUGGAGACGCCGCUCACGGCGGUCGCCGAGGCCUUCGAGGAGCUGGCGCGCGGGAUGGAGGCGGACGGCGGGGAGCUGCGCCUCGCGCCCUUCGGCGACACCUGCGCGCUCGUCUCCGUCCUCUUCAACUCGCUCGGCAUCGCCUUCAAGUUCGCAGAGAGCGAGUACGUCACAAAGGUAAACGACCUCAUCGGCGCGUCCAAGGAGUACGCGACGCUGAACGACAUCCUGGACAAGGACGUGGAGCACGACUGCGUCAAGAAGCAGGGCAGCCAUUCCAGGAACCUGCGCAGGGUCCGACUCGGCCUGGGCCUCAUCAAGGCGCUCUUUGAGCAAUUCCUCGCAACAGAGGGCUCGUUGUAUGAGGCUGCAACGACAGCUUACGGCCAGGUCUGCGCGCCGUUCCAUAGCUGGGCAAUCAGGAAGGCUGUUGGUGCUGGGAUGUACACUCUGCCCACCAGGGAGCAGUUGAUACUGAGGCUCAAUGAAACUGAUUGCUCUGUGCAGAAGGAGAUGAGGAGAUACAUCGAUGCUUCAAGUCCGAUUAUAGAGUACAUCGAUACCCUUUUCCUCUCUAGGAACAUUGUCCUAGAUUGGUGAAACUCAACUGAGGAUCAUAAUUCCGGCUCUCUUGACAAGCUGUUUAUUGAUGUCAUUGUUUUAUUAUUUUCCUCGUAGCUCUUUUAGCCUUGGUGGGUGGUGGACGCUCUCACCGUCUCUUGUACUGUACGAUUAUAUGGAAUUUCUAAUUCUAAAAAGGAGAGGCGAUUCUAGUAUGAUCA